GACGAGAGCGGCGAGCGGGUUAUAUAAAGCCAGACACUCGUGUCAGCCCGAGUUGUUGGAUUCACGCCUUUGAUGCACCUUUUGCCCAGUUUAUGUUGGUUUGUGGGCGCUGAAAGUUUUAACGCCUUGUAUCUGAGAAAGCACCCGGUUGGAGAGAGCAGGGUAGCACAGCAUGGCAGAAAUAUAGAGGAAAUCCACCCAUGUUGUGGGUAUUAGUGAAACUCCAGAACCUUUGCAGGCCGUUUGUGUUGAUGAGUUUGUAAAUUUGAGAAUACAGAAUAACGGAACGUGUAAUUUCAUUGAAAUAUGGGUAUAUGUCAUCCAAAAUUGCUCUUGAGAUGUCCUUUGGACUUUCGCCAGCAUGCCAGUUCAAAUAAUAAGACCGUUCCGUGGCCUUUUCUUUGCUUCCUGUUACUCCUGUGUGUUGAUUCUCUUCCAGAGUGCUGCUGUAGUCAAAAGCCUGGUAAAAGCUGAAGAAGAAGAGGAAAAUACCCUGGAGGUGAAGGAAACAAAAGUAAAAGGUAAAAGUGGCAAAUUCUUCACUGUGAAAUUGCCGGCUCCUUUGCCUCCAGGUGGAAAAAUUCGUUUAUCUAUUGAAACAGUUUUCACACAUGUCCUGCAACCCUACCCCACACACAUCUCUCAGGCAGAGAAGCAGUUUGUGGUUUUUGAAGGUAAUCAUUAUUUCUACUCUCCAUAUGUAACCAAGACCCAGACAACUCGUGUGAAACUGGCCUCCAGAAACAUUGAAAACUACACCAAGUUAGGCAAUCCCAGCCGCUCAGAGGAUAUGAUUGAAUAUGGACCCUUCAAGGAUGUACCCCCAUACAGUGAGGAUAGCCUUAAGAUACAUUAUGAAAACAACAGUCCAUUCCUGACUAUCACCAGCAUGAUACGUAUCAUUGAAGUUUCUCACUGGGGUAAUAUUGCAGUUGAAGAAACAGUUGACUUAAGGCAUACCGGAGCUGUGCUCAAAGGACCUUUCUCUAGAUACGACUAUCAAAGACAGCCAGAUAGUGGAAUAUCUUCUGUGAAAUCUUUUAAGACUAUCCUUCCUGCUGCUGCUCAAGAUGUGUAUUACAGAGAUGAAAUUGGCAACAUAUCUACCAGUCAUCUUCUUGUCUUGGAUGACUCAGUGGAAAUGGAGAUUCGCCCCCGUUUCCCUUUGUUUGGUGGUUGGAAGACUCACUAUAUAAUUGGCUACAACUUGCCCAGCUAUGAAUAUCUCUUUAAUCUUGGUGAUCAGUAUGCCCUGAAGAUGAGAUUUAUUGACCAUGUUUUCGAUGAACAAGUUACAGACUCAUUAACUGUAAAGAUUAUUCUUCCAGAGGGUGCCAAAAAUAUUCAUGUGGACAGUCCAUAUGAUAUCAGCCGGGCUCCUGAUGAACUUCACUAUACCUAUCUUGAUACAUUUGGCCGUCCAGUCAUUGUGGCACAUAAGAGUAACCUAGUUGAACAACAUAUCCAAGACAUUGUGGUACACUAUACCUUUAAUAAAAUCCUGAUGUUGCAAGAACCUCUGCUGGUAGUUGGAGCAUUCUACAUCCUAUUCUUUACGGUGAUUCUGUAUGUGAGGUUGGACUUCUCUAUCACUAAGGAUCCAGCAGCAGAAGCUAGGAUGAAAGUUGCUUGCAUUACAGAGCAAGUUCUAACUGGAGUGAAUAAGAGACUAUGUCUCUACCGCCUUUUUGAUGAAGCUGUGAAUAAGUACAAGCAGACCCGCGACAUUUCUACUCUGAAUAGCGGCAAAAAAUCUCUGGAAGUUGAACAUAAAGCCUUAACAAAUGAAAUAGCCUCAUUGCAAUCCAAGUUGAAGAUGGAAGGUUCUGACCUGUGUGACAAAGUCAGCGAAAUACAGAAACUGGAUAGUCAAGUCAAGGAGCUGGUUGUGAAAUCAUCUUUGGAGGCUGAGCGGCUGGUUGUUGGCAAACUUAAGAAGGAUACGUACAUAGAGAAUGAAAAGAUCCAUUCCAGCAGGCGUCAGGAGUUGAUCAGCAAAAUCGACAACAUUCUCGAUGCACUAUAAGUUAGGAUUUAAAAAUUGGGGUGAUGUGAGGGAAGAAUGCAAGGCAAUUGUAUGGGUAUACUGAGCCAUACUAAUUUAGAAAGUAAGAGAGCAGUAAAUAAGUAUGCCUGGUGUUUAACAUGGGGGUGGGGAGGCUUUUUUUUCCCUUGUAAACCUGAAUUUGGAAUUUGAGGUUUGUUAUUUUGGGGCAUGUUUGCAUUGCUAUGUGGAGGAGGUCGGAUACUACGUUGGCUUAAUACAACUUUUGUCCUCCCAUAAAGUUCCAAGUGUUAAUUAUUAUGACUUCCGAGUCUGUUGUAAAGUCCCCUACUCACCAGUAGAGAAACAUGCACACAGGUCCUCUUCGGACACUGGAUAUCUCGGAAGACAAUAAAUACAAUUAUUUUUUUCAAAGGUUUGAUGUCAAAUCUUUUUCUCUUCCGUUUUUAAUUUAACUACGGAUUUAAUGUAACUAUGGAUAAAUAAUUCAAAAGGGUUUUUGUAAUACUUGUUGCACAGAUUGAGAUUUUUUUACAUCUGAAUUUUCUGAGCCUCUUGAAUUUAUAGCAUCAGGGCAAGUGAAGAGUAUAGAUAAGAUCAAUUUGCUUAUGAGCCUGUGCUUUUUUCUCUAGACAGUUGGUUUCUUUGAGAAAACAAAACUUAAAUAAAGACAUACGGAUGUUUUACUUCUGGUUUUAAAUUUCUUAUUUGGGUAUCUGAAAGUUUUUAGAUUCUGGCACUGACCUCUAAAUGUUAUUUUCUUCUACCUUCCCUUAUGUAAGAAUUUCCAAUUCUUGAGUUCCCAAUUCUGUGUGGAUAUUAUACUAAAUAAUAUGUGUCGAGGAUAUGUAAAUAAAUUUCAGUUGAAGUGCA